AUGCAUCAUCGUCGAAGUCAGAGUGAUUCAAAAUCAACAAGUAGCAUUAAUGGUGUAUUAUCAUCAAUGCCGACAACAAAUAAUUCUUCUUCUACAUCAACAACAGGUCGUGUUAGUAUAUAUUCAAUGCGUGAACGAGUUAUACUAAAUAAAAUGACAAAUAUUAUGGGAAAAUUAGCACCGGAUACUGAAACUGAAGUAACUAGUCGCUUUCAUCAAGAAAUACCAGCUAUUAGACUUGAUGGUCAUCUUACUUAUUGUUUAUAUACUGCUUUACAAAAUUUAAUUCAUUUAAAUGCUAUUUAUGUUCUAUUAUGUCAUGCAGUUUUUUGGCUCAGUUCGAAUAACCCACAUAAAGAAACAACUUUUUCCUUGGAAAUACUUGAACAAACAAAUAAUGAACAGACUCAUUUUAUUACUGUUUCAAAUAAUUAUCAUUCAAUUGAAAGAAAGACUAUUAAUACAGAUUUGAUAAAUAUAUAUCUAUAUAUGGGUUUGAUGAGCAUUGGUUUAUUUGAAUUAAUAAUUACAUUUAUAUGGACACUAAGAAAAAAACUGCCAUCUUUAAUACAACGUAAUCAAAAAUUAAGAAAUCGUAUAAGUAAAUUUUUGAUUGUAAUGAUAGUUCUAAUUUAUAUCGUAUUUAUAUCUUGGCUUUUAUUUCAUACAUUUAUUACGCACCAAUUAAAUUUAAUAUUUUUCAUUCCAGUUUUUGGUCACAUAAUUAUUUUAACAUUUCUUGAUAAACCUAAUUUAUUUCAACAAUCACCUGAUAAUCUUUCAAAACAAUCAGUAACAACACGAAAACAACAUCGUCAUUCAACAUCGUCAUCAUCAACAUCUUCAAUAGCAACAACUUUAUUAGGUCGAUCUUCUCAUCGAUCAUCAACUUCUGCACUACCUCGAAAAAUUACUACUGUUGUUAGUUCAUCAACAUUACCAUCAGAUUUAGUUUUAUGGUCUCGAUGGUCAUCCGUAGCAGAAGAAAAAAUUGAAAUACAUGAAUGUUCAACAUUUUAUGCACAAGCUAGAAGAGAAGCCGAUGAUUUAUGGCCAACUGUUGUUCGAAGAAUAAUUUUAAUUUUUUAUCGAACGUUUGCUUCAUUUAUUCUAUUUGAUUUUGUUCCAAUUAAAAUGGCAGAUACUCAUGUACGUUCGGUGGAUAGUCAACCAUUAAAAAUGUUAAUUUUCAUAUUUGCAUUAAGUACACUUGUAACUCAUAGUGCCUUUUUAUUUCCGGUUAAACUUCAAACAACUCUUCAUCGUAUAGCAACACAUCUUGGUCAAUGGCGUCAACAAUCAAAUAUUCGAACAGAUACAAUUAGUGAAUGGUCAUCAGAAUGUAAUUCAUAUACACGUGGAAGUGUUAUUAAAUUAUCUUCAAAUAAUCAAUAUUAUAUUGCUAUACAACAUUUAAGUAAUGCUGCUAAUCCUCAAUCGAAGUCUCAUUCAAUUCUUUAUCGAUUAUUUGGAGAUCCGACGUACUUUCUAACAGUUCAAUUUAUUUUAUCUAUUACUCUUAUUGUAUUUCAUAUUAUAUGGAGUAUAUUUGGUCGACAUUGGGAACAAAUAUUAGUUGGUUAUUUAAUUAUUUUUUAUAGUUCAUAUCCAAUAUUUAAAAUCAUACGUGAUAGAGUUAUAUUGGAUUUCGUUGAAGAACAUGAAUAUUUUCAAGCAUCAACAAUAUCAAAACAGAAAAAAUUAAGUUGA